AGCUAGAGCCUCACUUUCAUAUCUUGGGUUUAUCUAUCUUCAGCCAUACUUGCGACUUUUAGUGACUUUUAGACAUAGAAAUAUUUGCUGGGCGAACUAUUCUGUAGGCGGCUCACCAUCCGACGAUAUUGAAGCAUUUCGCAUGUAACCUCGUGAGGGUACCACGGUGUGAGGGACGACAAGGCACCCGAUUAGGCAACUCAAUUUGCAUUUUCAGAACAUCGACCACGGACCCCCGAGAACGUCAAAUCCGGAAGACAUUACGAUGAGGGAGCUCUUAGGUUCGAUUUUUGUCGGGUUGGCGGCGCUGACGAUCUUGGCUCCCGCCGCAAUAGCUACUGGCGACGAAGGAUAUCAAAUUCAUCAAUGGGGAAAGGAUUAUGAUCUCUUCCGUCAUCCUAAACGCGACGCUUCCUGCCAACAAUCAAAUUAUUAUCUAUGUUCGGCAUCAGUCAAUGGCGGGUGUUGCCCUGAGGGCUAUGCUUGCGCCGUAUCAUCAUGUUAUGCUACAACGGGAGGACCAACAUCGGCGUGCGGACGGGACGGGUAUUAUAAUUGCCCAUUAAAUGACGGUCCGGGGGGUUGCUGCCCUACAGGUUAUAUAUGCAACAAAUCCGGCUGCCAGCCCCCGGCUGGAUCGACAGUAUCGCAAACCUGCCAAGCAUCAUUUUUUGCUUGCACGUCAUCUCCGUACGGGUGCUGUCCGAACGGAAUGACAUGCGGAAGUUACACUUGCUAUGGCCCUCCCAAGACAUACGCCGUCAGCGAUACGGUGACGACCACUAAUUCAAGAGGAGACACAAUCACGACGGUCGUUACGAGCACAACAGUCCUCACCCCAGGAACGUCGGCCACAUCCGCCGCCACUGCUGCAAAUGUACCAAAAUUGGUUGCCAGCACCGUCUCAAAACUGCCAUCUAUUGAGACCGGUACUAGUAGUGGCGGUGGAGGCGGUCUUAGUUCGUCGCAGAUAGGGGGCAUAAUAGGAGGUGCUGUCGCUUUACUGGUUGUCAUUGUCGCAAUUGCAGCACUCGUCAUUUGGCAGCUCAAGCGCACAGAAAAAGCCACCAAAGCAGCUGCCGGAUCCAGACUUGAGUCUUCUAGCGAUCAACCUCGCUCGCAGAAAUCGGGCUUCGAGCAGACUACGAUCUCAGAGGUCGACGGGAUGGAUGCAGACUCCGUCGCUCGAGCCCGAAACGCGCAUUUCCGGUCCUUAUCUGAUGACUCUACCGUCGGUGGACGGUCACAAUCUCAAACACCUAACCUCUGGGGUUCUAACGCAUCAUCAACGCCUCCCGCUUGGCAAGGAGACUUUUCUCGAUUUUCUCCUCCCAACCCUCCCGAUAACCAUGAUAACGGGAUGUACCCACAAAGAGUCAGCGUCGAUUCACAAGGGACGCAUACACACGCACGACAAGUUAGCAAUACCAGCGAACUCGACGGUAGCGCCAACAGCAUCUCGGAGCUAGGCGCUAACGACGACGACCCGGGACGACGGCGGUCCAACAGUAUGACUCAAACCCCCAUCUCUCACGUUAGGAGGAGCAGCGACCCGUCUGGCUCUUCGCGAGGUGCGCGUGAUAACAAUAAUGCAAAUACGACGAUAGGAAACCCCCUAGGGCCGCUUGCAGAAGUAAAUGAACUACACGGCUAUUACGGGUCUCCGGAUCUUGCGGUCGGACAAACGGCCGCGAAAUUAUAUCAGAAGAACCCAUCCGCGAGUUCGCUAGGACAUGGUUCUCAAGAAGGCAAGAAGGACGUUCGCGGUAACAAUGCACAGCCUUGACCAAAAUUUCGCAUCCAUUACCUAUUACGCCAUUGAUAUGCGUACCUGUAUAAUUGAUCCUCGGAAGUAACUUCGCCGACUUGGUGUGCUGUAAAACAUGGGGUAGAAGGGGAAGGAUUAUACCGAGGACGCAUGGCCUUUGCUUUCCGGGGUAAGCUGGGGGAGGCUUGGAUGGCGUUAAUUGGGCGCGCUUACUUUGGGGUCUACCUGAUGUCGACCCGAGGGGGCACAGUAUAUGUGUGGUUGUUCCUUCGAGCUCCAUAUCAAGAGUCAGAGCUGAAGAGUUUUUUUUGGCCCGGGAUAGAGGUCGGGAAUUUGCAAUUGCAUGGCGCAUGUCGGUCUCAUGGAUUGGUGAUACCUCGGAACCUUCGCUCAUUACGGGAGGGCUUGUUCAGUCUCGAUUAGGUGCUUCGCACACCAAAAUGCCUACCUACCUAUCUACAUAGUACCUAGUAGCUAGUUAGUAAUGAUGAAUUCUAAUGUAUUCACAAUUCACGGCCGGUGGAUAGGAAACUUGAAUCGGUAAUAGGUACCUGGCAGCAGA